AUGAACAUGGUUGUGUUCAAGGUGACAUCACCAUCAAUAUGCAACAUUCUCACUAUACCACAAGCAGCCGUCCAAAGUAUAUGCUGCAACAGACUUAUUUUCCAGACUAAAGGUGCUUCGACUCGGACACAAAAGUUACGUGUCGAUGCAGUGAUCCUUCCUCAGGGUUCCAUUCAAACCUAUGAGAGCCAUAGUAAUGACAUAGUGUCAUUAUUUCCUUCUGGACAAACAAAUUGA